CGUGUGGCACGUUUUCCUACAGACCCCCCGCGGUGGUUCAGUGUGGCACCAUCGGCGCAGUGUAACGUCAUCCGCAGCCACCGUCCAGCAUCGCGAAGGACGGACAGCAGCCGCAGCAGCCAGAGCGACGUAUCCCGUGUGCAGCAUCCGCAACUGGCAGUCCAGCUUUUUGCUGUAUCUCUUGCUCUAUCUUUCUCUCCUUUUCUCAUACCGCUCCGUGCGCGUGCGGAGCUCCUCGUUCGGAGCGUAUCUCGGGAUGCGUCGCGUCGAUUAGUGGUGGUGAAUCGAGUAAUCCCAAUAAUCUCGUCCCGCCGCCGAUAUAUCAGGGGCAGGUCGAGCAGGAAGUCUGCGCGCUUGCUGGCCGAUGAAGGCGCGUAAGAGCCGCGACAAACGUAAGUCCGGAAGGCGAGAACGACCGUAAAGCGAAAGAAAGAAAGAAAGGCUGCUCCGCGAUCGAGCUCUUCCUCCUGCUUCCUCGCCCCGUGUCCGUGCGACACCGUUCAAUAUAUGUGCCAUUGCCAUUGAUACUUGGACCAGUCGAUCGACUACUCAGCGGAGAGCGUCGUUGACAAGCAGAGCGACAGCCGGGGGUGAUAACUGCCGAAUGCAGCAAGAAGGAGAGCUUGAAGGACUCGGGGGCGUUUUAGGGAGCUCCGGGGGCGCCGCGCUCGCUCUUAGCGGCCGACACAAGCCGGAGGAGCUCGCCACUCUCGCGGCCACCACCAGGUUUUCGCGGAAGGAAAUCCAGCUGAUCUACCGAGGUUUCAAACAGGAAUGCCCGACCGGUCUGGUCGACGAAGAUGCCUUCAAACAGAUCUUCUCGCAAUUUUUUCCGCAGGGAGACGCAAGUCAAUACGCUCAUUAUGUCUUCAACACCAUGAAGAGGAAACCGUCCGGCAAGAUAAGCUUUGAGGAAUUCCUCACUAUAUUGUCGAAGGUGUCAAGAGGAUCGGUGGAGGAGAAGUUGCAAUGGGUAUUUGGUCUGUACGAUCUGGAUGGCGAUGGCUUGAUAAGCAAAGAGGAAAUGCUGGAUGUUGUGGGCUCCAUUUACGAGAUGUUGGGUCGUUACACGCAACCGCAAAUCCUUGAGCCGCACGUGGCCGCUCGCGAACACGUCGAUCGUAUCUUCCAUUUGAUGGACGCGAAUAAGGACGGUGUAGUGACCAUCGAAGAGCUGGUGCAGUGGUGCUCCAAGGACGAGCAAUUGUUACGAAGUCUCGAUACUCUGGACACCGUAUUAUGAGAAUUUAACGUUCUAUCGGAAAUUUCGGUAUCAGAUUAUCAAAUACGCUUUGAGCAAUGAUUAUGAAAUAUCAUGAACCUGUCUAUCGAUCUAUUCUGCUUUUGGUUUUGUAGAUGAGAGAAAUACGUAAAUUUUCAAUGAUUUAAUACUUAUACGUAUGACAAAGAAAAGUUGAUUGAAAGCAUUAAAAAGAAUUUUCUUAAAAAAAAAACUAUCUAAUUAAAUCUGUUUACGAAUCGUCAGCCUAUAAUUUAUAAGUGUAAUACAAAGUACAAUAAUUCGACAUUUGCGAGAAGAGAAAAUCAAAUGCGACCAACCGAAAUGUCAUUGCUCGAGACGUAUUUUUAAGAAAAGGCCCUGGAGAACCAUUUCGCACGUGUCUUUUGUAAAUAUGUAUGUACCUCGUUACACACCUACCCAGUCUUUCAAAUACAACAACUUUCGAUACGUCGUUCAACAAUUGAAAAUCUGAAAAAAUCAACGAUUUAAGUUGUCUUCAAAUUUUCUCGAAGCUUCACAGAGAGAAAUAGCUUAA